AGAAUCUAGAGAUUUCGUUGUUUCUCUUCAUGUUUCUUCUACUUCCCGCGGGCUUUUCUUCUCCUUCUUCUUCUCUUGUUCCUUACAAAGUUCCUGCUUAUGUUUCUAAUUGGUGAAUUCUGUUUCGAGUGACAAAUGGAUAACAGCUUUUUUCUUGGAAGAAAGUCAUCGCUGGACUGCUACUUAGAACUGUGUGGUGGAUUGUGUUCUACUAUAUCGAUUGAGCUCAAAGGAGUAAGUUUCAAAAGGAAGUCUGGUUCACAAGGUUGUCAUAGUUGGAAUCAAGAUUCAAAGUAGGAUUGAUCGCAUAUCGAUGACUAAAUUCAGCGGGAAACAAUUGCCUUCAACAACUGAAGUCUUGGCCAACAACUUAGGAAAUAUUAUCUGCAGACACUCGAAACAGCGUUAACAAUCUUCAGGAGCAAUGGCUUUGGUUAAUAAUUCAACGCAUAAGAUAGAUUUGAGGAAAAGUUCUGAACUUUCUAAUGGUGAAUGCAAGUCCGAUGAAUCAAGAGAUAAAAGCGAAGAACUAUUGAAGAUGGGUGAAGAAAAGCAGAAGAUUUCAGGAAGAUCACUUUCGCUUCCAUCGAUAGACAUUUUAUUAGACCAGAAACCAGGUUGGCCUUUGCUUAGAAGAGCCUCUUCAGGGACACAACAAAUUCACCAUUGGCCCACACGGAAAGUCUCAGUGGUCAACUGGGUCAUGAGCUUACCUGACAGGUUUCCAAAUCAUCAGCAGAAUCUAAACUCUGAGACAACCUUUGUCAAGAAACAACUUAAUGACAUAUUAAGAGACACCAAAAAAUGGUUCAACUACAAUGUUCUUAAGACGGCAACAUCAGAUUUCUCUCAAGAAAAUCUGAUUGGGAAAGGAGGAUGCAAUGAAGUGUACAGAGGGAUUCUUAAAAAUGGAAAAGGCAUUGCAGUGAAAAUCUUGAAAUCCUCAUCUAAAGAAGCUAUGACAGAUUUUGUCCAUGAAAUUGACAUUAUCUCUUCUUUAAGUCACCAAAACAUCUCACCGUUACUUGGUGUUUGCGUCCAAGAAAAUGAUCUAAUCUCCGUUUACAAUCUUUCAUCGACAGGAAGUUUAGAGGAAACCCUUCACGGUAAGCAAAAGGAUAAGCAUGUAUUAUCAUGGGAAGAGAGAUUCAAGAUAGCAAUCGGGUUAGCGGAAGCGUUAGAUUAUCUUCAUAACCGAUGUUCUAGGCCAGUGAUUCACAGGGAUGUCAAAACCUCAAAUGUUCUUCUUUCAGAUGAGCUCCAGCCUCAGCUGACAGAUUUCGGGCUGUCGAUGUGGGGACCCACGACAUCUUCUCGAUAUGCAAUACAAGGUGACGUGGUAGGCACGUUUGGAUACCUUGCGCCAGAGUAUUUCAUGUACGGAAAAGUCAGUGACAAAGUCGACGUUUACGCCUUUGGAGUGGUUCUCCUUGAACUCAUAUCAGGAAGAAAUCCCAUUUCACCUGAGAAUCCAAGAGGACAAGAGAGUUUAGUCAUGUGGGCAAAGCCACUGAUUGAAGUUGGAAAUUCAAAAGGGAUCUUGGAUGCAGACAUAACAGAGAUAACCGACGAAUCUCAGUUUCAGAGAAUGGUUCUUGCUGCUACACAUUGCCUCACAAGAUCAGCCACACAUCGUCCUAGUAUUAGACAAAUACUGAGGUUACUAAGAGGUUUAAACGAAGUCGAGAAAUGGAUUAAGGAAGAAGAUGAAGAUUGCUUGGAUGACGAGGUUUACCCGAAUUCCAUGGCGGAAUUACAUUUGAGCCUUGCAUUGCUUGAGCUGGAAGACGAUGAUUCUGGAUCAAUCAGCCCCAUGGAGAGAAGUAACCAUAGCCUUUUCUCUUCCUGUUGUUCAUCUAGGGAACUUCAACCUUAAAGCACUCUUUUUUUUUUUGCUUACUGUCUGGAGUUAAUGUUCAAUAGCCUUUUUUUUUGCUUAGUGUCUUGAUAAUUUUUUGUUACUUCUACGUAUAGGAAAAUUUGCA